AUGGGAGCCGCGCGGGGAACCCCGAGCAGCCGCCGCCGGCUGCCGCUGCUCAGCGUCCUGCUGCUGCCGCUGCUGGGAGGUGCCCAGGCCACCAUCGUCUUCAUCAAGGAGCCGUCCUCCCAGGAUGCCCUGCAGGGGCGCCGGGCGCUGCUCCGCUGCGAGGUGGAGGACUCGGGCUCGGUGCACGUGUACUGGCUGCUGGAUGGGGCCCCCGUCCAGGACACGGAGCGGCGUUUCGCCCAGGGCAGCAGCCUGAGCUUUGCGGCUGUGGACCGGCUGCAGGAUUCGGGAGCCUUCCAGUGCGUGGCUCGGGACAAGACUACUGGAGAGGAGGCCCGCAGUGCCAACGCCUCCUUCAACAUCAAAUGGAUUGAGACGGGCCCUGUGGUCCUGAAGCAUCCGGCCUCGGAAGCUGAGAUCCAGCCACAGACCCAGGUCACUCUGCGUUGCCACAUUGAUGGGCACCCUCGGCCCACCUACCAGUGGUUCCGAGAUGGGAGCCCCCUCUCUGAGGGUCAGAGCAACCACACGGUCAGCAGCAAGGAGCGGAACCUGAUCCUCCGGCCGGCCGGCCCCGAGCACAGCGGCGUCUACUCCUGCUGCGCCCACAAUGCCUUUGGCCAGGCCUGCAGCAGCCAGAACUUCACCUUGAGCAUUGCCGAUGAGAGCUUUGCCAGGGUGGUGCUGGCGCCCCAGGAUGUGGUAGUAGCGAGGAACGAGGAGGCAAUGUUCCACUGUCAGUUCUCAGCCGAGCCAGCCCCGAGCCUGCAGUGGGUCUUUGAGGAUGACACCCCCAUCACUAACCGCAGCCGCCCCCCACAUCUCCGCAGAGCCACGGUGUUUGCCAACGGGUCCCUGCUGCUGACGCAGGUCCGACCGCGCAAUGCCGGAGUCUACCGCUGCAUAGGCCAGGGCCAGAGGGGCCCGCCCGUCGUCCUGGAGGCCACACUUCACCUGGCAGAGAUUGAAGACAUACCUCCAUUUGAACCCCGGGUGUUCACAGCUGGCAGCGAGGAGCGCGUGGCCUGCCUGCCCCCCCAGGGUCUGCCGGAGCCCAUCAUGUGGUGGGAGCACGUAGGAGCCCGGCUGCCCACGCACGGCAGAGUCUACCAGAAGGGCCACGAACUGGUGUUUGCCAGCAUUGCCGAGAGCGAUGCCGGUGUCUACACCUGCCACGCAGCCAACCUGGCUGGUCAGCGGCGACAGGAUGUCAACAUCACCGUGGCCACUGUGCCCACGUGGCUGAGGAAGCCCGAGGACAGCCAGCUGGAGGAGGGCAAGCCAGGCUACUUGCAUUGCCUGACUCAGGCCACACCGAAACCCACAGUCAUCUGGUACAGAAACCAGAUGCUCAUCUCGGAGGACUCGCGGUUCGAGGUCUCCAAGAACGGGACCCUGCGCAUUAACAGCGUGGAGGUGUACGACGGAACGUGGUACCGCUGCGUGAGCAGCACCCCAGCUGGCAGCAUCGAGGCCCAAGCCCGGGUGCAAGUGCUGGAAAAGCUCAAGUUCACACCACCGCCCCGGCCGCAGCAGUGCAUGGAGUUUGACAAGGAGGCCACGGUGCCCUGCUCAGCCACCGGCAGAGAGAAGCCCACCAUUAAGUGGGUACGAGCAGAUGGGAGCAGCCUCCCGGAGUGGGUGACAGACAACGCUGGGACGUUGCACUUCUCCAGGGUGACCCGCGACGAUGCCGGCAACUACACCUGUAUCGCCUCCAACGGGCUACAGGGCCAGAUCCGUGCCCACGUCCAACUUACUGUGGCAGUUUUCAUCACCUUCAAGGUCGAGCCCGAGCACACAACCGUGUACCAGGGCCACACGGCUCUGCUGCGGUGUGAGGCCCAGGGGGACCCCAAGCCACUCAUCCAGUGGAAGGGCAAAGACCGCAUCCUGGACCCGACCAAGCUGGGACCCAGGAUGCACAUCUUCCAGAAUGGCUCCCUGGUGAUCCACGACGUGGCCCCCGAGGACUCGGGGAGCUACACCUGCAUUGCGGGCAACAGCUGCAACAUCAAGCACACGGAGGCCCCUCUCCUCGUCGUCGACAAGCCCAUGCCAGAAGAGUCGGAGGGCCCGGGCAGCCCUCCCCCCUACAAGAUGAUCCAGACCAUCGGGCUGUCGGUGGGCGCCGCAGUGGCCUACAUCAUUGCCGUGCUGGGCCUCAUGUUCUACUGCAAGAAGCGCUGCAAGGCAAAGCGGCUUCAGAAGCAGCCAGAGGGCGAGGAACCCGAGAUGGAGUGCCUCAAUGGUGGGCCUCUGCAGAAUGGGCAGCCCUCGGCGGAGAUCCAGGAGGAAGUGGCUUUGACCAGCUUGGGCUCUGGCCCCGCAGCCACCAACAAACGCCACAGCACAAGCGACAAGAUGCACUUUCCGAGGGCCAGCCUGCAGCCCAUCACCACGCUGGGGAAAAGCGAGUUUGGAGAGGUGUUCCUGGCGAAGGCGCAGGGCGUGGAGGAGGGGGUGGCAGAGACCCUGGUGCUGGUGAAGAGCCUGCAGAGCCGGGACGAGCAGCAGCAGCUGGACUUCCGGAGGGAGUUCGAGAUGUUCGGGAAGCUGAACCACGCCAACGUCGUGCGGCUCCUGGGGCUGUGCCGGGAGGCCGAGCCCCACUACAUGGUGCUGGAGUACGUGGACCUGGGAGACCUCAAACAGUUCCUGAGGAUUUCCAAGAGCAAGGAUGAAAAACUGAAGUCGCAGCCACUCAGCACUAAGCAGAAGGUGGCGCUGUGCACCCAGGUGGCCCUGGGCAUGGAGCACCUGUCCAACAACCGCUUUGUGCACAAGGACCUGGCUGCUCGGAACUGCCUGGUCAGCGCCCAGAGACAGGUGAAGGUGUCAGCCCUGGGGCUCAGCAAGGACGUGUACAACAGCGAGUACUACCACUUCCGCCAGGCGUGGGUGCCUCUGCGAUGGAUGUCCCCCGAGGCCAUCCUGGAGGGUGACUUCUCCACCAAGUCUGAUGUCUGGGCCUUUGGCGUGCUGAUGUGGGAAGUGUUCACCCAUGGGGAGAUGCCCCAUGGCGGGCAGCCGGACGACGAGGUGCUGGCAGACUUGCAGGCUGGGAAGACCAAACUCCCACAGCCUGAGGGCUGCCCUUCCAAGCUCUACCGGCUGAUGCAGCGCUGCUGGGCCCUCAGCCCCAAGGACAGGCCCUCCUUCAGCGAGAUCGCCAACACCCUGGGAGACAGCCCCGCAGACAGCAAGCCGUGA